AUGGAGGCUGGUUCCGUGGUACGAGCAGUAUUUGAUUUCUGUCCCAGCGUCUCUGAAGAGCUGCCCCUCUUUGUGGGAGAUGUCAUCGAGGUGCUGGCCGUGGUGGAUGAGUUCUGGCUCCUCGGCAAGAAGGAAGGUGUCACAGGGCAGUUUCCUAGCAGCUUUGUGGAGCCUGUGGAUAUUCCCCCUUUGAAGCAGGGAGAAAAACUGUUUGUUUGUACCAGUGACUUCACAUCUCAAGAGCCAGGAAGCUUGUCAUUGCAGAGAGGAGACCUGGUGAUCCUUGGGGGGUCUCUGGCCUCCAGCUGGCUCCAGGGCCGAAGCAGCUGGGGUUCCAAGGGCUUUUUCCCUUCAUCAUGUGUGCGGGAGUUGUGCCUUUCGGUUCAGAGCCGUCAGCUGUCCCAGAGCGCUCUCCUGGAGGUGCCUGCCUAUUCACUGGGCCAAGCCCGGGCCCUAAUGGACCUGUCUGCUCAGCUGGAAGAGGAACUGGACUUCAGGGAAGGGGAUGUGAUCAACAUUGUUGGUGUCCCAGAGCCUGGAUGGUUCGAAGGCGAGCUCAGAGGCCAUAGGGGCAUCUUCCCAGAGGGUUUUGUGGAACUGCUUACUCCUCUGCAAGCAUCAGGAACCUCAGUGGAUCCAGAACCCACAGGGACUUGUGACAUCAAUGGGACAGUGGAAGUGGCCCCCAAGGAGGAGGAGGAGCCAGGGAGCACUUACGGUGUUGCCCUUUAUCAGUUCCAAGCACUGGAGUCCAAGGAAUUGGAUUUCGAUGUGGGUGACAGGAUUCGGAUCAUAGGCAUUCUGGAGGAUGGAUGGCUGGAAGGGGAGCUGAGGGGGAAAUGUGGCAUCUUUCCACACCGAUUUGUGAGGCUGGAAGCUUCUGAGGCUUGCAGGGAUAAGGCAAGUGCUGGGGAUCCCCAACAUGGAGGCAACUGUGGAGUGACCGUCCAUCAGGACCUGGAAAAUACCUGCUCCGAAUCUCCUCCUUUGCCAGGGAAAGAUGGCAGGAAAAAGGAGCAUGGCUCAGCCCAUCAGGACCUCGAAAAUACCUGCUCCAAAUCUCCUCCUUUGCCUGGGAAAGAUGGCAGGGAAAAGGAGGAUGGCUCAGCAGCACACCCUGAGCCUGACACUGUUUUGUCUCACCAGGCGGAGAGGUCAGAGAAUCCUUUUGGCACUGACUUGGGACAGCAUCAGGCCUUUCCCAGCACAGGACACCAAGGACAACUUCCCAAAGGCACAGCAGACUCCUUCCCCUUUGGCCACACAAAGACAGUCAAUGGCCUUCUCCCCUCUGCUCAGCUGCCCCCCCAACAGGGCAACAGACCUGACCAAGCAGGUGAGUUGGAGCCUGAGGGGACUGUUUCAGCCUCCCCAGGAAACUCAGAAACUCACACCCUACCCAAGCGUGAUGGAGACAGUCCCACUGUGUCCUUGCAAGCUCCCCACUUCCUCAAGGAUCCUUGCAGGAGCCAGGUGACUUCUCCUAACAACUGGGCGGCAUCUGAGCCCCAAGAGAGCCAGAGCAGCACCCAGGACCUGGACAACGGUGUGGACAGUCAACAGGAGAAGUCCAAACCCUGUACCUCCAGCCUGGGAGGUGCCCAAGUGGGUCUGGACACGUGGGCUGGGAGCUGGGGGGAAUGCUGCCCACUCGGGGCACAGGGGGACAGCUGCACAGACCUCGACUCCAAACUGACUGAGCAGCUGGUGCAGUUUGAGAAGAGCCUGUCCAGUACCAGCGCUGAGCAGGACAAGGUCUCCCGCCACUUCUCUAUCUUGGACUACAGCUCUGAGAAGGACAUUGUCCGUGGGUCUCCUGAGUCUGCCCCCCAAGCCAGGCAGCCAGAGAGGAGGAAAGCCCUGAGGCCACCCCCUCCUCGGCCCAGCAGCCUUGUGACAACUCCUGUGCACAGGCUGGGUGGCCAAGUGCCCAAAGGCGGGUCUCUGUCCUUCUCGGUCAGGCCCUCCCGGCCUGCACCCCGGCCUCCACCAAGCAACCAGCGGAAAAACGCGGCCCCUGCGCAGCUUCAGCCCAGUGCCCAGGAGCAGCGGGUGGAGGAGGGACGUGAGGACUUGACACGUGCAGGAUCAGCUUCCCCCCACUCCAUUCUGCUGAUGAGGAUAGGAGAGGUGGAGCGAGACCUGGAGGCCUACGGCAAGACCCGCACUGAGCUAAGUCUGAUGCUGGAGGAGCAGCAGGAUGAGCUGGUGAGAGCAGAGACCCUGGAAAACCUUGAUUUCUGUGACUCCAACAUCGAGAGCCUCAGUGUGGAGCUGCAGGAGCUGAGAGGUGAUGUGUCCUUGCUCUCAAACAAAACCACAGCUGCUACAGGUUCAACUUCCCUGCCUCAUCCUCUCGUAGCUGUAGGGGAGUAA